AUGUCAUGGGAGCCGCAAUUGCGGCGCGUCCGGCAGACACAAUCGAAGCUGGACGCCAGGCUCACAGCUUAUUCGCAGUAUGCUUCCGAGGUAGCGCAUGAGACACAGAGGGAUAAUGGAUCUGCGCCGUCACAUUCCGUUGCUCUGGAUAUGACAGGCUCAGGUCGCUUGCAGACUACGCCAACAUCAUCCAGCGAUGCCACUUCCAUGGAAACAGAACUGCAGGGCUUGCUGGCCCAGUAUGCCGACGAUAUUGAAGGACUCGCUGCCUCUGUACAAGAUGAUCCACUACUUCCGCCAUCUCAUACCCAAAUGCAUAUGAUUCAGCGGCAUCGUGAACUCCUAGUCGAGUUUGAACGUGACUUCUUCCGAUGCAAAACACAACUCCGGCAUACGCUGGACCGACAGCAACUGCUAGGGCAUGUGAAAGACGAUAUUAACAAUUACCGCGAACAAAAUGCUUCUGAAAUCCAAGGAUAUCUACAAGAACGCACACACUUGGACCGAUCUCAUCAAAUGAUUGAUGAGACGCUCGACCAGGCCUUUGCAACGCAAGCGGAAUUCCGUGCGCAACGCGACAUACUGUCGGGCUCCCUAGGUCGUAUGCAGCAAGUCAUUGCGCAGGUACCAUCGCUAAACAGCAUCAUUCAUCUGAUAUCAAGACGCCGUCGUCGUGACACGGUGAUAUUAGGCAUUGUCAUCGGUGUUUGUAUUGUGCUUCUACUUUUGAUGGGCGUGCGUCGAUAA